GGUUAUGUAAUCACGACGCCGCGGGAGUGGACGGCAGGUGAACAAGCUCAGGUGUGUGUGUACGUGACUAACUCAACAGCACCUGCAGGAGAACUGACAUUCAAACUUACCCCUCAGCAAGUGUUCAACCAAGCCAACGCAACCUUCGAUCCUAUUUCUAUAAUAAAAAUUCCAGCAGGGAAGACAGAGGUAUGCUACGAGGUGCAAGUACCAAAAUUGACGGAUUCUCGAGUUGAGUUGCACCUGUUCGGCACUGUGAAUGGUGUCAACAUAGACGGUUCACUGAAGAUAACACUCAGGCAAACGAGGGAUCUCACCUUCGUCCAGACCGACAAGCACUUGUAUGAGCCUGGCCAGAAUGUCAAGUUUAGGAUCCUCACUGUGGUUGGGGCAAACUUGAAGGUCUCCACCGAGAAUUAUCCAGAAGUGUGGGUGACGACGCCUGCUAGCUCUCGUAUCGCCCAGUGGAAUAAUGUGGACAAUCCUAAUGGGCUGGUCCAUCUCGACGUUAGCCUGGCCAAAGAACCAGAGAAGGGAACCUACCGCAUCCACGUGAAGGCUUCAGAUGGCGGGACUACAACUAGAGACUUCAAGGUGGAGGACUUUGUGUUGCCAAGGUUUGAGGUGACACUUACGAAGCCCAAAUAUAUCUUGGCUGUUGACGAGCAGUUCACCUUCACCGUGUGUGCCAAUUACACAUUUGGACGAUCAGUUAAGGGCAACUUGACACUGACUAUCAGCAACGGUGAGAGAAAAGAUUGUGAAGCCACUGUCACCCACAAUGACACAAUCUCUGGUUGUAAGGACGUAGAGAUUACGGCAAGACAAAUGAAGACGAUGCUUUGCAACGUAAACACCCUCUCGCUUUCAGCCAAAGUGACUGAAGAAGGGACCAACAUAGAGCUCAGUGCCCGGGACUCUGCCACCAUCCAUCGCCAAGCUGUGUCUUUCAAGGUUAUUCAUGAGGAUAAAUACAUGAAGCCGAAUCUCCCUUUUACCUUAAAGCUGAGAGCUAGUCUGCCUGAUGACUCUCCUGCUGCUGGUGUUGUCAUGGAGGUGUGUGCUGUUGGACGGUGCAACAACAUAACCACAACGCCUGAUGGACUCUUCACAACAGUCUUGCCUUCUUACAACACAGACAAAGUCUUUAUAAAGGCCCUAAACUCCCGGGCUCUGAUGCGUCAGUCUGAGUACUCGAAAGAUCUGGAGCACUAUUACUCCCCCUCCAACUCCUCCCUGGUGAUCCACGCCCCCGAGGGUAAACUGAAGUGUGUACCAGGACAAACUCAGCAACACGCCCUACCUGUGCUCUUCUCUGCCAGGAACCAAGACUCGGCGGUCUUCACUGUACAGGUUAUUUCACGUGGGAAGGUCCAGCACUGGAGUAGCCAGGAGUAUCAAUUGACUAGUGGAGACCUGCCCAUCAGUGUGGAGCACCUGGUGGAGCCUCUGACUCCUCCUAUUGAGGGCACCGUCAGGGGAGUCGUCAACAUCAACAUAAAAAUUCCCCCGACAGCUUCUCCCAAGGCCAAGGUGUUGGUGUGGUACACUCGUCAGGACGGGGAGGUGGUGGCAGACAUAAGAGAGCUGGAGGUGGAGAAGUGUCUUGGUAGCAGCGUUAACCUCACCUGGUCAGACGCUCAGUUAGAACCUGGACAACAGACCACUUUGACACUCUCGUCGGAACCAAACUCAGUGUGUAGCCUCGGUGUGGUGGACAGAAGCUCCGAGCUCCUGGCAGUAGAUCCUGACCCCAUCACCUUGGAUAAACUGUUCGACUUUGCGAAUAACUUCUUCAUCAACAUUGGUGGGAACUCCCAAAUCAACAACAACAAAUACUGCAAAGAGCAACAACGUAAAGAGGAUCUGAAAAAAGCCGCUGCAGCUAGAUUAAUCGGAGAUUUUGUUCCUCUGAGAAGAUACUCCAGUUACCAAACCAACUUCGUGGAUGCUCUGAAGAUGUUUGAUACAUCCGGCCUGUACAUUUUCACUGACUUGACUGUGGAGACGAGGCCAUGUGAGGCAGAGGAGGCAAAGACCUUACGUCCUCAAAGCAUUAUUUCGACCGCUGGUGGACAUGUAGCUUUCUCAAGACCUCAGAGCUCUUUUCAUCAAGAUUUUCAUGAAACAAUCGCCGAAGAUGAAAGAUUCGGUCUCCGUGUGAAGGGAGACAGUAGUAAACAAGCAGAUGCCCCAAGGACCAACUUCCCUGAAACUUGGCUCUGGGACCUCCUGAUCCUCCCAUCGUCUGGGGUGAACAUCCAGGACCUGACCCUGCCUGACACCAUCACACAGUGGGUGGGCAAGGCCGUGUGUGUCCACCCAGAGAAGGGCGUGGCACUGUCUGAGAGGGAGUCCAUCACUACCUUCUCCCCCUUCUUCGUCGACCUCACCCUUCCCCCCACUGUCAAGCGUGGCGAGAUACUCCCCGUCAAGAUGUCCAUUUUCAACUACCUAGACCGACAAAUACCUUUGAGUGUGAGUGUUGGGGAGAGUGAAGAAUACGAGAUCAUACAGGAGCCAGGAGCACCAGGUGAGCUUGGACGGCGUAGCUCGUGUCUACCAGCACAAGACAAGGUUGUCCACACAGUCAAGAUCAAGCCACUGGUGAUCGGUGAAGUCAACAUUACUGUGUCGGCGUUCGUGGACUACCAGUACUCUGAGCCUUGUGGGUCAGGCGACACCUCCAUCGAGAAAAGAGACGCUCUGAUCAAACCCAUAAAGGUUGAGGCCGAGGGCUUCCUGAAGGAGGAGACCUGGACCAAGUACGUCUGCUCCAAAGACCUGGAGACACUUACAGACUCACUGGAGGAAUGGGAACUGGAGGCUCCCCCGGGCAUCGUGGAGGGAUCAGACCGAGCUUGGGUCACAGUUGUGGGUGACCUCCUCGCUCUUUCUCUAGAGAAUCUGGGAAACCUGGUCCGUCUGCCGUAUGGUUGUGGAGAGCAGAAUAUGAUCAACUUUGCCCCCAACAUCUUCAUCAUGAGGUACCUCGAGGCAUCCAACCAAACCACUCCAGAGACAACCAGGAAACUUGUCACAUCCAUGAAAAACGGUUACCAAAGACAACUCCGGUACCGACGCAGUGACGGAUCAUACAGCGCCUUCGGGAACGUUGAUAGCUCCGGUUCCACCUGGUUGACGGCCUUCGUGCUGAAGUCCUUCGCCCAAGCUCAAGACUAUAUCCAGAUUGACAAGGAAGGUCUGAACAAAACAAGGGAUUGGCUCGUUUCCAAACAAUCGCCAGAUGGCUGCUUCAGAUCUGUUGGCAAAGUCUUCAACAAGGCCUUGAAGGGAGGCAUCGAGGGAAUUCUGUCGCCUGUACCGCUGACGGCGUAUGUGAUGAUCGCCCUGCUAGAGUCUGAUGACGAGUCCUGUAACCCAUCCUACUGUCCAGCUGCCCAGUGUGUAAGAUCUGGCACCUCACGGGACCCCUACACCCUGGCACUGAAGGCCUAUGCCCUGGCCCUGGCUCAGUUGCCUCAUGCCGAGUCGGUUCUCCAAGAUCUGCUCGACCAGGCUCUUGUGAACACCAACUCAUUGUACUGGAAGCUGCCCGAAGGACCAGGAAAAAGUAAUGCUAUAGGAGUGGAGACAGCUGGGUAUGUCCUCCUGGCCAUGCUAACAAGGAGUCCAAAGAGGUACCAAGAACAGUCGAGGAAGAUUGUAAAAUGGCUCACCACACAGAGGAACGGACAAGGUGGAUUCUACUCAACACAGGACACAGUGGUGGCCCUCCAGGCUCUGGCCAUGUAUGAGUCCCAGUUGUACCAGGGUUCCUUGAACGUGGUGGCAACAGUGACAGCUACUGGGCUCUCCCAUCCCUUCACUGUCACAGAUGACAAUAAACUCCUGCAGCAGCUGGUAACACUGCCAACACUCCCUACCAAUGUGUCUGUUACUGUAACGGGUCAAGGAUGUGCUGUUCUGCAGGCUGUUCUUCGAUAUAAUGUUCCUGAGCCUGAGGCAAGUAAAGCCUUCGACAUGACUGUCAACACCAACACAGCUCCGGAUAAGAGGUGCGUCACCAAACGCAUCACGGUAUGCACUGCUUAUCGCCUCCCUGAUGGCAAGUCUAACAUGGCUGUCAUCGAGGUUGAUCUUGUCUCUGGUUACAUCCCCGAGAAAGAAGACCUGAAGAAUGCUGUGAGAUAUGACCCCAACAUAAAACGCUAUGAGGUGGAUGGCAGCAAAGUCUCCUUCUACAUCGAAGAGUUAACUGCACAAGACACCUGUGCAAACUUCCGUGUGAUACGAGUGGUUGACGUGGAAGAUGUGAAGCCUGGCACAGUGCGUGUUUACGACUACUACCAGCCUGAGUACGAGUUUUCCAAGAGCUACACAUUGCCACCUCCAACCGAGUGCCGCUAGAUGGCUCACUCCAGAUGCCUUGUAUUGCCAGUUGCUUCUAGGGUCGGUGAAUGAUGCUGGUCUCAACAGCUGAUGUGUAAAAAAAAAGAAGAAAAAAAAACUCCUACUUCAGAAAAAUACAGAUCUCUGCUUCAUGUUUUCUUGUGAUGUCUUCCCCCUAUCAGAGAGAAUUAUCAACUUUUUUUUUCUUUGUGUGUAAACCAGGGCUUAGUGUAGUGUUAAGGACCUUAGCCAAUGAAGCGCAGUGAAAUAACAAAACGAAAUUGUCUUUGUUCUUGUGUUUUCUGGCAACUUUCCUUAAACAUCACUAUACUUGGUGUCAGUUCAUCACUUUUGUUAUGGUGAUCUGUGCUUCACGUUUCCCCGAUGAUUGUUUUUCUUGCGUUAGUCGGCGAUUACCACUUUGUUGGACCAGUGUAUCAGUGUGCCGAGUCGCUACGGGAAAUUAAAGAAUAGAUUAGGAACAUCACUCUUUGGCAGACCAUUAGAAUAAUUUGUUAACUACCACCAUUAGCGGUGUGUUUUAGUAACAAAUGCAUUACUUCUCAGAUACUGAUAAAUAGGAACACAUGGUUUUAUAACAUUUGAGUAUAGUCUGUUGACGUACAGCAUGACAUCGGAUGUUGUGCCAGAACUAAAGAUAUAUAUUAAAUACAAAUUUGUGUUGGGGUUAGCUGACUCUUAUGAAGUUGUUCUCACUUUAGUAUGAAUAUCCAUCUACAACCUGUUGAUAAAGUACACGUGAGAAUGAUGAAUUGUGAGUUUCAGUUAAAUCUAAAUGAGUAUUGUAUUAUCUUAGAAACUCGAUAGUAAAAGUGCACAUUGAUUUUACUAUGAAGGUUAUAUAAAGCUUAGCUUUGGGUUUAUAAGAGCUAAGAGGGCAGCUGGGCAUUGAGGGUACAGUAUUGGCGAGGUUUUGCAUAAAGGUUGAUUAAGAUGGCUCGGGCAUGUAGAGAACACAAGAUGGGUCAAGAGGUGCAGGAGUUUGAGGUACUGUCAGGAUUAUGGCCAACUCCUACAAGUGUAGAGAAUGGCCAUAAAGCAAAGAUACAAGUCCAAUUACUCUUUUAUUUUAUUUCAUUUUUUAAUAAUCUAUCUGUUUUACAAGGUAUUUUACUUUUAACCAAGACGAUCAAAAGAAGAUAAAAUCAAAUACUGUAACUGCAUUUAAUGGUUAUAUGAUCAUGAAGUAGUGAUCAUAUUGUGAGGGGAGUGUUUCAGCAUUUUUUUUAUAUUUUGUUAAACGGUAAAUUUAUAGUUUUUGUUAAAUUUUAUACCACAGUUGUAAUGCUUAAAAUUUGAGAGGACGGACAGAGGGCAUUUCAUCAAGCAUUUGUGUUGGUAUGAGGGCGGUACAGUGGCUUAAUGAAUCCUGUGUAUUCUCUCGAUCUGUUAAUAAAAUGUCAUCCCUGA